CGGCGGCCGUGGAGCCGUGGCGAGGCGGGGGCGGCCCCGUCCCGCAGAGCACUCCCAUCGCCGCGGCCCCGCCGCCGCUGGAGUCACCGCCGAGACGAGGAGGAGGACGAGAUACCGGGGGGACGCUGAAAGAAAAACAACUUUGUGGGUGCCCUGUGGGGAGAUGCAUCUGUGACAUGGAAUAUGUGUUUGGUCAUCUACAAUCUGAGGCAACAGUGUGUGGGCUAUAUAUGACAGAAGAAUUACUUGUGGAGACAGUCCAGCUGAAUGGCUACGUCAUAAUUAGGAACUGGUUUAAAAAUGUUAAUGUCUCAAGCCAGUAAUCCAAGUUUGGGAAAGCCUAGCAGCCCAGCAGUAAAAACAAUUAAUUUUUUGUAAACGUCGGUGCAAAAAGAACAAGCAGUAUAUAUUUUACCAUGUGUUCCCUGGUUCUUUAGCUUUCAUUACACUGAAAUCAUGGUAUGAGGAUUGGUGGGGAAGGUCCUCCCCCCAUCCCCAGCACACAUCUAGCAACUAGACACUGUGUCAAGAUGACCUCUGAGGAGAUGACAGCGUCUGUUUUGCUCUCUGUGGUACAGGGUAAAGUGAUAGCUGCCCAGUCAGCUGGAGAUGAAAAUACUGAAAAUGCUUUGGACACCAGUGUUCUAAGAAGACAUACAGCCAGUUCAGGAAGGCAAACCACACACACUCUGUCUUACUUACAUAGACUUGAAGAAGAAGGUCUUCAGGGCUCAGUGCCCAAAAUAUUCCCUCUGGCCAAAGAGCAGCUGGCUAACGACAAGAGUAAUGAAAACUUCUGGGAGAGGAACAGCUCCAUCUCUGAUUCAGUGGAAUUUCUUAACAUUAACUGUAACAUUGUACAGAAAAACUACAAGAGCAAUAUCUCCUGCAGCCAGUUGUAUCAAUCUUGUGCUCCUCUAGCAGGGGAAGAGGCAUGCCUGGAAACUGGAAUUCCUGUUUCUCUGGAAAGAGCCAUGCUUGCUGAAAUUCAGUUGAAAAUGAAUGGACCUUCAUUAAGAAGCCAGACAGCAGUAAAUAAGAAUGACAGCAGUGAUCCUGAUAAAGUGGCCUUUUUUCACUUACAUUGUGCUAGUGAAAGGAAUAUAUCAAAGGCUUUGUGUGGUUUACACAACAGCUUCCUUUUGGAUGACUGCUUGCAGCCCAUGAGUGAUGGUGAUGGUAACACCACUGGUUCCCCAGCCUGCACUUGCAGCAUAAUGCAGAUGACAAAUAAUUGUGAGAAUAAAAAUGGACAGCAGUUGUAUGAUGAUGCUUUAAGGGAUAAAUUCUUAUGUCUGGAAAGAGCACCACGAAAGGUUAAAGUGGCGUGCUCAGGUCACAACUUCUGUGGAAAUAACUUUACUGGAAGAAUGCCCUUAAAGCCCUUUCUGAGCCAUUUUGAGGACUGCAGUGAUAACUGUGAAGAAGAGCUGGAAGAGGAUUUUUUUAGAAACAAAAAGGAACGUUCAACGCUAUUAAUAAGACGUUUCUGUAAAAAUGAUAAAGAGGUUAAAAAAUCAGUUUAUACUGGAACAAGAGCAAUUUUUAGGACUUUACCAUCAGGGCACAUAGGAACUGUUGCUUGGAAUUAUGUUGAGCAAAGGAGAAACAACAGUGGCAUGAAGCUUUCUAGGAUUACAACAGAACAGCUAACUAUAAUUCAGUCCCUAAUAAAAUGGAAAUUUAAUUCCUGUCCUGAGAAGUCUUUAUGGUAUGAGAUCUUCAGUACAGUGAGAGAAGAAGAGGAAGGAGCAGAAGAUAUUUUUGAAUAUAUUCCUCAUCUUCUGAGGAAGCUCCCAACAUCUGUUACAGACUGUAUAUACAAAGGAGAUAGUUUUUGUGUAAAACUAUGUGUAACAGGUGCUUACUGUCAAUAUCGUGCCACUUCACAGAGGACUGCACUCUCUAACUACAUAACUGGUGCUUUACUAGAAGCAACUACAUCAUUAGGAGCAAGAAGUGGUAUUUUAAAUAUCUUCGGAGGAUCAGCUGGAAGAACAAUGCUUAAAGAACGACAAGCGUGUACAUCCAUGGCUGGCUCCAGCGUCCUUCCCUCCAGCGUGGCCGGUAUCAGCAGGGAGCUGAUCGAGCUGCAGCACCUCAUCCAGUUCCCAGAGGAGGUUGCCAGCAUCCUGACCGAGCAGGAGCAGGAGCUCUACCGCAAAGUCUUACCCAUCGACUACCUCUGCUUCCUGACCAGGGAUUUGGGCAGUGCUGAGUGUCAAAGCAAGCUGCCUUCUAUUAAGGCAUCCAUAUCUGCUACUAUUCUUUCUUCUCCCAAUGGAGAACGUAAUGCUGUAGAAGAUCUUGUGACAAGGUUUAAUGAGGUGAGCUCCUGGGUUACCUGGCUGAUCUUGACUGCAGGUUCUAUGGAGGAGAAACGAGAAGUCUUCUCAUACUUAGUACAUGUGGCAAAAUGCUGCUGGAAUAUGGGCAACUACAAUGCUGUAAUGGAAUUCCUGGCAGGGCUAAGGUCUAGAAAGGUUUUAAAAAUGUGGCAAUUUAUGGACCAGUCUGAUAUUGAAACCAUGCGAAGUCUGAAGGAUGCUAUGGCACAACAUGAGUCAUCAUCUGAAUACAGGAAAGUGGUCAACCGGGCACUCAAUAUUCCAGGCUGCAAAGUUGUUCCUUUCUGUGGUGUCUUUUUAAAAGAGCUCUGUGAAGUUUUGGAUGGAGCAUCAAGCCUCAUCAGACUCUGUCCACAAUAUAACUCCCAGGAUGAAACAUUAGAGUUUGUUUCAGAUUACAGUGGACAAGAUAAUUUCCUACAACGAGUAGGCCAAGAUGGUUUAAACAAUCCAGAAAAAGAAUCAACAACAAACAAUAUCUUUCAAACAAUUCGGAGCUGCAAUCGCAGUUUGGAGUCUGAAGAGGGUGAAGAUAAUGUCAGUGAAGGGAGCGGCUCAAGGAAAAACUCCUUGAAGGACAAAAACCGCUACCAGUUUCUCAUCGGAGAUCUUUCAGAUUCUGAAAGUGACAUAUUUGAGCAGUUGAAAGAAUGGGAUGCCAGUUCAACAGAAGAGCAGCAAAAGGCUUUCUGCCAUGGGAUAGAACUCAUUCCCUGGUACGUGUUGUCCAUCAGGGCUGACGUCCAUCAGUUCAUGCAGCAAGGGGCGACCGUCAUUCAUUACGACCAGGAGACACAUCUCUCAGCUCGCUGCUUCCUCCAGCUCCAGCCUGACAACAGUACUUUGACUUGGACAAAACCCACCACAGUUUGCCCUGCAAAUGCUAAGGCAAAACUGAGUGUGCUGGGCAAUACUGCUGAGCUUGGUAAAUACCAGUUUCUUGGUAAUACUGGACUGGUGGAAGGCUUUUUGGACUUGUUUUCAGCCAAGGCUGUAUAUAUGGGACACUCGGGCAUCGAUAUGCACACCGUGUGUGUUCAAAAUAAGCUUUGCAAUAUGUCCCUUGAAGAAAAUGGUAUAACACUACUUUAUGGACUUCAGACUACUGAUAAUAAGUUGCUGCACUUUGUUGCUCCAAAAUACACUGCCAGAAUGCUGUAUGAUGGAUUGCUGGAAUUGACUAAAGCUGUAAGAAAAAUGAGGAGAUUCCCUGAUCAAAGACUACAGUGGCUACGGAAACAGUAUGUCAGCCUUUACCAGGAGGAUGGGAGGUUUGAAGGCCCAACCUUGGCUCAGGCUGUUGAGCUCUUUGGAGGCAGACGAUGGAGUGCAAGAAGCACAGGCACAGGAUCUCUUACCAAAAGCACUGAGAAGCCCAAUGUGCAGAGAAACAACACUCUGGGAAUCAGCACAGCUAAGAAAAAGAAGAAAGUACUCAUCAGGGGUGAAAGUGGAGAGGCCACUGAUGAUGAAAUGGCAACUCGGAAGGCAAAGAGCUGUAAAGAAUAUCGUAAUAGAAGUGGUUCAGAUCCUCAAGAUAUUGAUGAACAAGAAGAACCAGAUCAAAAUAUUAUUAUUAAUGCUUCUCCAUCUAACAACCUGCCAUCCAGAAGAGCUCACUCUCUGACAGCAUCUGGAUCUCCCAACUUAGGAGCUGCAUCAUCUUCACCAGCAAGACCUGUCUCCUCUCCUGUAAUAUCAUCAAGCAAAAGUCAGUGUAGCACAUGGAGCAGCAGUAGCUGGCAUGGCCGUGUCAAAGGAGGAAUGAAGGGAUUUCAGAACUUCAUGGUUUCUGAUAGUAACAUGACUUUUGUGGAAUUUGUAGAGCUCUUCAAAUCUUUCAGUGUCCGUAGCCGCAAGGAUCUGAAAGACCUUUUUGAUGUUUAUGCUGUGCCUUGCAAUCGAUCUGGCUUAGACCCUGCUCCACUUUAUACUAAUUUGAAGAUUGAUGAAAAUAGCAGCGGAUUCCAGCCUGAUUUAGAUUUGUUGACUAGAAAUGUUUCAGACCUUGGUUUGUUCAUUAAGAGCAGGCAGCAGCUAUCAGACAACCAGAGGCAAAUAUCUGAUGCUAUUGCUGCUGCCAGCAUCGUAACCAAUGGUACUGGAGUUGAAAGCACAUCACUGGGAGUGUUUGGAGUAGGAAUCCAGCAGCUGAAUGACUUCCUAGUGAAUUGCCAAGGAGAACACUGCACCUAUGAUGAAAUCCUCAGUAUUAUCCAGAAAUUUGAACCUAGUGUGAACAUGUGCCAGCAAGGGCUGCUAUCUUUUGAAGGAUUUGCAAGAUUUUUGAUGGAUAAAGACAACUUUGCCUCCAAAAAUGAUGAAUCACAGGAGAAUGCUGAGGACUUACACUUUCCUCUCUCAUAUUACUACAUAGAAUCCUCACACAAUACUUACCUUACUGGCCAUCAGCUUAAAGGGGAGUCCUCAGUGGAGCUCUACAGCCAGGUUCUUUUACAAGGCUGCAGAAGCGUAGAAUUGGACUGCUGGGAUGGUGAUGAUGGGAUGCCUAUCAUUUAUCAUGGGCACACUCUUACUACAAAGAUCUCUUUUAAGGAGGUGGUGGAAGCCAUCGAUCGCAACGCGUUCAUCACCUCCGACAUGCCGGUCAUCAUCUCCAUAGAGAACCACUGCUCGCUGCCCCAGCAGCGCAAGAUGGCCGAGAUCUUCAAGAAUGUAUUUGGAGAUAAGUUGGUGACAAAGUUUUUAUUUGAGAGUGACUUUUCUGAUGAUCCCAUGCUGCCUUCCCCUGGCCAACUGAGAAGAAAAAUCCUGCUUAAAAACAAAAAGCUGAAAGCCCAUCAAACACCAGUGGAUAUAUUGAAACAAAAGGCUCACCAGCUGGCACAUUUGCAAGCACAGGCUAGCAAUGGUGCUAGCAACCCCACACCCACCAAUGAAGAGGAAGAAGAUGAAGAAGAUGAAUAUGACUAUGACUAUGAAUCUCUCUCUGAUGAUAAUAUUCUUGAAGAUCGACCUGAGAAUAAAUUAUCAAGUGAUAAACUGCAGUUUGAAUAUAACGAAGAGACUGCCAAACGACUAAAGAAGGCUGAUUGUGCUACUUACAAUAAUAAAGGAAAGGUUUACGACAUGGAGCUGGGUGAAGAAUUCUAUCUUCCACAGAAUAAGAAGGAAAGCAGACAGAUAGCCCCAGAGCUAUCAGAUCUUGUCAUUUACUGUCAAGCAGUAAAGUUCCCUGGCUUGUCAACUCUAAACCCAUCUGGCUCUAGCAGAGGAAAAGAAAGAAAAAGCAGGAAGUCCAUUUUUGGCAACAAUCCUGGCAGGCUGAGCCCUGGGGAGUCAGCUGCUCUUGCCAAAGCAUCUGGAAAAGGUCCCUUUGAUGCGAUGCGGCAGACCUGGGAAGAUCCUUGCUCUCCUUACAACUCUCCAGCCUCCCUCAGUGCCAUCAUAAGGACUCCCAAGUGCUACCACAUCUCGUCCCUGAAUGAGAACGCUGCCAAGCGGCUCUGCAGGCGCUACUCCCAGAAGCUGAUCCAGCACACCACCUGCCAGCUCCUGAGGACCUACCCUGCUGCCACGCGCAUCGACUCCUCCAACCCCCACCCCCUGAUCUUCUGGCUCCACGGCGUGCAGCUCGUGGCUCUGAACUACCAAACAGACGAUCUCCCUCUGCAACUCAACGCGGCAAUGUUUGAGGCUAAUGGUGGCUGUGGAUAUGUUCUAAAACCUCCGGUUCUGUGGGAUAAAAACUGUUCAAUGUACCAGCAUUUUUGUCCAUUGGAAAGAGACCUUGAUAAUAAGGAGCCAGCUAUAUAUUCUUUAACAAUCGUGUCUGGCCAGAACGUUUGCCCCAGCAACAGCACGGGCAGCCCCUGCAUCGAGAUUGAUGUGCUGGGGAUGCCCCUGGACAGCUGCCACUUCCGCACCAAGCCCAUCCACCGCAACACCCUCAACCCCAUGUGGAACGAGCAGUUCCUGUUCCGCGUUCACUUCGAGGAUUUGGUCUUUCUGCGCUUCGCCGUGGUUGAAAACAACUGCUCAGCUGUCACAGCCCAGAGGAUCAUUCCCUUGAAAGCACUGAAGAGAGGCUACAGACAUGUCCAGCUCCAUAACCUACACAAUGAAACAUUAGAAAUUUCCAGUUUGUUCAUAAACAGUCGGAGAAUGGAAGAAAGUCCCUCUGGAAACACUCUGCCUGCAUCUAUGUUGUUUAGCCCGGGAGAGAGGAAAGCUGCCAUGACUUACAAAGUGACAGUUCAUGGAAUUCCAGGCCCAGAGCCUUUCACUGUGUUCAGUGUGAAUGCAGGGACCACGGCUGCACAGCUGCUCCAUCAGCUCUUGGCUACCAUAAAAGGCACCGAGUCAUGUGCUGCAGACUAUUUUCUGAUGGAAGAGAAAAGUUUUAUAUCAAAAGAAAAGAGUGAAUGCAGAAAACCACCAUUCCAGAGAGUGAUUGGUCCUGAAGAAGGGCUAGUGCAGCUUUUGAACAGUUGGUUCCCAGAAGAAGGAUAUGUUGGAAGAAUUAUCUUUAAAACUCGAGAGGAAAAUUUAAAUGAGAGAAAUGUCUUUCAAGAAGCAAAGGAGGAAGCAGCCCUCAGCUCUGAGGAUGACAGCUUCUUUGUUCAGGUACAUGAUGUCUCCCCAGAGCAGCCACGCACCGUGAUCAAAGCUCCGCGCCUCAGCACAGCUCAGGAUGUCAUACAGCAGACUCUCUGCAAAGCCAAAUACUCCUACAGCAUUUUGAGCAAUCCAAACCCAAGUGAUUAUGUGCUCUUGGAAGAGGUGACUAAAGAGCCAGCAAACAAAAAGUCUUCAACAUCUAAACCAUCUCAGAGGAUUCUAUCUGAUCAGGAGUGUGUGUUUCAGGCCCAAAGCAAGUGGAAGGGAGCAGGAAAAUUUAUCCUUAAGCUCAAAGAACAGGUUCAGGCAGCACGAGAUGACAAGAGAAGAGGCAUCUCCUUCACCAGUGAGCUGAAGAAGCUGACCAAGUCGAGUAAGCAGUACCGGGGCUUCGUGUCGGACAGUGGCCAGGGCAGGGAGGAGAGAGCCGCCUGCGCCCUGGCCUUCAGUGACAUCAUGGAAUAGUCCUGGCAGGGCCUGCCCAGUGCCUUUGAAGGAUCCUGCUGCAGACUGAACUGGUCAGAAUUGUGUGCCCUGUACUACAGAUGCUUAAUCCAGGCAAUGCUGCUGGAUCAACAUCCAGACUCUGGGAGUCCUGAAUGGGAUGCUGUAGAUGGGAAAGAUGCCUGUCAGCUCUCAGAAGAUUCCUCUCUUCCUGUUUCUUCACAUCUGCAGAGUCUCCAUAGGCGGAUGGAGACGUUUUCUUGGACUGUAUGUUGUAAACAAACACGUGUCAUCACCCUCCCCUUUUUAAACAAAAGAUAAUUUUAGCUUGUUGCCUCUAAGGAAUCAGAAGGCAGAGAACCAGAGUGGUCUUUUAUGUGUAUUAUAUUAAAAUAACGCACUUUUACCUGACGAUUACUGUUAAACACUGUGUUAAGUGAUUGUAAAGAGAUUUAAAUAUACUGUAACUUCCUUUGCAUAUCUGUUUAACUUCGGUGAAUAUACACAAAACACUCAAAAUUAUUUAUGGUUUAUCUACAUUAACAAAAUAAUGUACAAUAGCUGAGUACACCUUACUGGUAGUGAGACCUUGGCAAGGAACAACAUUUUCUUCUUAUAAAUUUUAGUUUUCCAGGCUUGUUUUCCAGGCUUCUUAGUUUAAAGGAAAGAAUAUUUAUUAUCUUGUUUCAAAGUACAUGCCUUUGUAUAGUAUAUUUAUCAUAUACUACUUUUUAGAAAAUGCAGAUUUUUUUAUCUUUCUCUGGAUUUAGAGGAAAAAAAUCUUAGAACUUUUCUGGUUCUUUCUUUUCAGCACAAGAUGUUUAAUACCCAGUACUGACCAAAUUCAAAACAAUGCAUUGAUAAGAGUAAUUAACAUUUCAAAAUUUUGAAUUCAAACCACAUUUUUCCAUGUAGUCAGGAACUGUCUUUUUACUUGUCUGUUAAACCCAGAGAGUAUAAAAACUUUAACUCUUGACAAUUCUGUUUACAUAGAAACACUGUUGUGAAGUUUUACGUGUUCUGAAUUCAUCUUUUGUUAUCUAAGUUAGUUAUGGUAGUCUCUUUUUUUUUCCCUCCAUGGGAGUUACUGAUGUGUUUAGUUAUUUAAUAUAAUCCAUUACAGGGGCACAAAUUAAACAACUGCUGCCAUCACCUUUUAUCUCCCACAAGAAAUGUGUCUGUGGGGAACAAACUGCUCUGCACAUGUUUUUGUUUCACUAGAGCAAACCCUAAACAGAGGAAAGAAGUUACAGGCAGUAGUCUCAUGACAGCUACUGCCAUCCCCCCCAUGAAAAAGAAAGUAAAAUAAAAGAAAACAAAGUUAUUAACUGGCAUAUAGACAAGCAGACAGAACCUGCAUUCUGUCACCAACAACUAUGAAGUCUUUCACUAUACACUACAGAAAAUGCCUAUAAGGUAGCCAUUUACUAAAGCAAAGAAGUGCCCUCUUGAGGUCACUUCCAGCUUUCAGAAAAAAUAACCACAGACAUACAAAAAAGUGAAAUUUCUCAGUGGCACAUCCUCACAGAGGCCAUGCAGUUCCCACUGCUCAUCUUUCACAAAAGUUUUGAACUGACGUACCAAAGCAGCAUUUUACCAAUCAGCAGCAUGGCCCAAGUCAAGCCCCCAAGCAGCUCAGCCUGUCACUCAUCACCAGGUCCAGCUGCAGCAGCCCCUGUGAGGGCCAUGUGCUCUCUACCCAAGGGAAAGACUGAGCCCCAGCAAAUGUUAAGAAGUGACAACUUACACAUAGUUUGCUUUGGAUACCUGCUGCACAAUUCAACUAAUGCAACCAUUUUUUAAAUGUUAGCUUUAUUCUCUCUGUUAUUUUAACACAGUAGCAGUUUGAUGUCACUGAGAAAUUUUUCCUUUUGGUGUUUUUUAUGGCAUUUUAAAAACGCUUUAUGUCCUGUAGUUUGCCCUUACCUGUUUAGCUUUUUCUUUUUUUGUUGGUGUGGUUUUUUGGGUUGAUUUUUAUCUUUAGCAGCUCUGAAAAUUCUUAGUAUCACCUGUAGUACCACAGGUAGGCUGGCAGACACCCUUGCUAAUUAGUUGGAUUCAACAUAGAAAGUUCUUAUACCCAUGUUGUCAUCCCCUAGUGCUUUUCUGUCACAUAGAUAUUAAAAAAAAUCAUGGGGAAGCAAAGGGGACAUCAGUAGUCAUGUCAUAUUGUGCACCACAGGCCCAACACGAGCCUGAAGUCUUGUGGACAUUUAAAAUCAGCAGUUUUGUACUAUUUCUGCUAACACAAUUUUUCUAGCUGUGGGAAUAACUUCUUAAUAUAAGUAUCUUCAUCAUCAAUCACAGUCAAAACCUCCUUUGUCUGCUCUUUAUCACAGUGAAAGAGAAGAGCAAAAUAUUUGGCUUUUUAUUUGAAAACCCUAACUUUGUAGGCCUGUAGACAUCUGGAACUCUGUAAGACUAAUGAACCUGUUCCAGUAUUUUCAUUAAAAUACACACAUCACUUAAUUUAAAGUUUAAAUGUUUCUUGGGGAAACAUGAUACACUUUGGGAUGAAUUUGGGAAAGAAUUGCAGUGCCCUUCCUCUUGCUGGUUCCACGUAGUGGAAAUACAAUACCACUGGAAGCAUUAAAGAGCAAGGGGGAGUUGUUAACUUUUGUGAAAGCCCAGUUAAAGAGCUUCCAUGUGCUGUUGUUAUGCUAAUAGGAAUGUUUAUUCUGUUUAGCCACAGAUUUUAUUUCUGCAGGAAUCUGUCCACACAUCCCUGUGACAAAACUGACAAAAUAACUUUGUCCUCUUCCACACUUUGGCUGAGUAUGUACAUCAAUUAGGAAAAGACAUUCAUUUUUACAUUACAAACUAUUUACAGGAAGCAGCUUCCAAGAUAAAGUUUGAAAGAAAGGAAUGUAAAUAAUCAACAUCUUCCAGAAACAUGCAGUCUCUGAGCAGUAGCAGGCCUUGCACUGCACACUUUUCAGGUGGAAAUCUCUUGCUUCUCCUGCUCCAUUGCCUAUUUGCAAAACCACAAAGUAUUUUAUUCUGUACUAUUUAAGAACUGCUCCUUUUUUACCAAUCUCUUACCCUUUCCUGUGCAGCACGUGGUGCUUGCAGCAUGUGACUGUAAGAGCCAAAAGCUGGGCAGUCCCAGAGCUGUGUGCGUGCAGAGCUCUCUGCUUGCAGGAGCUGCUCCAUUGUCACAUCACUGAGCUCCCUGCACCCCAGGAGCUGCUUCCUCUGCCGCCCAAAGGGCUUCCUGCUUCUGUCUCACUGACCCCAGCAACAGCAGUCAGAACACUAAAAAAUACUAUCUCAGUUUUUGGGUUUUAAAGCCUAGCGACACUUUUUUCCUUGCUUACAAAUAUUACUAGGUGAGGUGUCUGAAUAGCUGCUUUUAGAAGGUGUCUGCCAGAAGUCACAGGCUUUUGAGAAUUAAACACUUCAACAUGGAAAUAUCCAAAUAUUUCAAGAACACUUUCUUUUCCAUUCAAAGUUUAUUUUCAAAAAGAGAAAACUUUGCUGGUAGCUUUACAGGCUAAUUCUGCAGCUUCUGAAACUCAACUGUCUGCUCUGCUCUUCAAAUGCUUCAAUUAACAUUGGUUUUUAAUCACUGUCUGUUACUAUUCCACUGUAAAAUUCAGUUUACUUUUAGGGUAGCCCACUAAAUGUACCAAUGGUGGCAGUUUUCUUCCUGUCUGUGAUAAAUAUUUUGUAACUUAAAUAGUGAUAGACAUUUGGCAGAAUUAGCAAAUUAAACACAAAAAUAAAUAGCAGUAAAUAGAUUUUGCUCCAAUAAUCUGUUUCAGAAUGACUUGUACAGUUGUCUUCCUCUGCCUCUUCAAGCAUGUUAAAAUAUUCUGACAAUGCAACAUCACUAUGUGCCAGUCUUUAUAUGUUUGGAAACUAUGUAAAAUGAACAAUUUUAAAAGUGACUUUUCCACCUGGACUGUUUUCUCUCUGCUGACUUGAAUAAACUGUAUUUGUAUAUGUUGUAAAAAAAUAAAUGGUUUAACAUGUUGAAUUUUUGUUUUUGCCUUCCUGAACUGACAAAGGUACUGACAAAUGCCCCCCUUGGAAU